AUGAGUGUAGAAGUUUUGGACGGUCCCACCAUUCGUAGCUUCGUGGAAGACGAAGAAGCGUUUGGCGAAUUUAUCGUAGAGCGCUUCAGCAACCUCGACAGAGACCAUGAUGGCCUACUUUCUUAUCCAGAAAUGCUGAAAGAGUUGCAGGGGCUGAGGAUCUUCGAUACUCAUUUCGGUAUCGACGUGAAAACGGAUCCAAUCGAGGUUUCACGAGUUUAUACCUCAAUCUUUGUUCAAUUCGAUCAUGACUCAAACGGGACAGUGGAUUUGGAGGAAUUUAAACAAGAGACGAAGGAGAUGAUGGUGGCGAUGGCUAACGGUUUGGGGUUCUUGCCAGUUCAAAUGGUACUUGAGGAGGACAGUUUCUUGAAGAAAGCUGUUGAUAGGGAAUUGAUGAUAAUCACUCGUGUUGCUGCUUAA